GUUAGGGCUUACACUGUUAAUCAGGCUCUCCCUCUCCCUCUCUCACAUAAAUGGGGGAAGAGAAAGAAGUGAAGAAGCAGGAGGAAGAAGAAGAUGGAGGAGAGAGAACAACUAUGAAGCCGUGGGAGCAGCACGGCGGCGUCAUCACCAUCCCUCGCUUCGAUUACAACGCCCCCUCUUCCCUUCUCCAUCACUCUCAUUCCGGCUUUCUCAUCACCUGCCCCAUCAAGAGGGAAAAAAGUGCCACAAAAGAAGCCAUAUCUAUUCUUGAGAAGUAUGUUGGGUUCUCUAGUAGUUGCAGUUCUGAGAAUUUUGACAGCUGUGACGCCAAUAUUGUUGCUAAGAGAAGGAAGUUAUGUUUGGGGGCAGUAGAUGGGGGAUGUCCCAGCAACAUUGAGAGCAGUGUUGCUGAUAGAACAGAAGGCACUAAUAGUAAGGUUGUAGAAAAUUCUUGUUUGUCCUCCCCAACUGCAGGCAAAAUUGUUGAAAAGUGCCCUAUUCUUUCCCUAGUUAAGCUGACAGGAAGUGGCUUGCUUCUCUUCACUCUCCCUGGAAAUGAUUCUCCCAAUGUAGUUAAUGUUCUUUCCAAUGUUAUUCAGUCUUUGGAGUCUGGGACUCUUAGAACACCACUUUGGUGUCAUCGCAUUUUUCCCAUUCAAGCUACUUGUUGUUUGAUUGAGGAGGAACUUUCUGCAGUUGUGACGAAACUUGUUCUUCAGUUUGUAAAUGAUAGAAGGAAUGAACUUCAACAACCUAUAAAGUUUGCAGUUGGGUUCAAUAGAAGAGGGGUUGAGGAGGCAGAGAUUAAGAAUUCAAGAAGUACCUCAAAAGAACAUGAAAGAAUGGCAUUAUUAGAUCGCAACAAAUGCUUUAGUGUCGUGGCUGCUGCAGUCAAAAAUGCUGUAUCAGAUUCGGUUGUGGAUCUGAAAUCUCCCGAGCUAGCAGUUCUUGUGGAACUGCUUCCCCUCUCGGGCUUGCCCAAUGGGUCAUCGUUAGUAGCAGCCAUCUCAGUUUUACCGCACGACUUGGUUACUACGAAGCCACGACUAUGUAUUAAAGCACUGGUUUCUGACACAAAGGCAGCAGCAAAGGGUGGGAAAAACCAAUGAAGUUUCGAUGUUUCACAGCACUGGUUUCUGGCAGGUCUUGAUUCGAGGGAGGUGGAAGGGCUGCUGCUUCCGCGGUCAUGGGUUCUGCAUGCUUAACAGACUGCACCGAUCUUGUACUUUCUUUCAUCUUUUUAUUCCAUCUUUUCUUUCAUUGUUGGCAGUAGCGGGGCCCUUAUUGGAUGCUCUGAUUGUGCUGAAUUUUGUGGUUAAGGAGAAGAUGAAGUCAACUGUUAUCUGUAGGGCCUGAUGGUAUUAUUCAUUUGGGUUUGCAAUCCAUUGUUAAUGUUACCUGUAUGCUUCAAUUGAUUUGAUGCUAUCGCAUUUUGUCUAUGAGAAAUAUGAACGAAACUUCAUGCUA